UUAAGCAAUGGUAAGGGACGUCUGCUGAAUUUUGAGAUUGUUGGGGUUUCGAGUUUCUUCCAGUUUCUUCUUCUCAAAAUGGCUUUGAGUUUAGAGCAAGACAUCCUUCGACAGCGUCAGCAAUUGCACAUGACUGUAUACGCCCAGUGUAUCUCACCAAACGGAAAGUAUCUCAUCGCUGGUAACAAUUAUGGAACCAUAGCAGUCUUUAGUAUUACAUCAUCGCUAAGUGCCGAAGCCAACAAAGAAACUUGGAAACCUGUAGUCACCUUCAAAGCGUACGAAGGAGCUAUUUAUUCACUCGUGUCCACUGACAAGUUUUUAAUAAGUGCUGGAUGUGGUGACAUUAAAGGCUGGACAUGGAAAGAUAUAUUUCAAAAGAAUCCAAAGGUUGCUUGGUCCAUGUCGCUGCCAGCUUCCAGUAACUUCGGUACAUUUGAGACGAAUGCUCUUGCCUACUGCAACAAGGAUAAUGUUUUGUACUCUGGAGGAGGUGACUGCAAAGUCUACGCUUGGGAUCUGGAAAGUGGAACCAAAAGGGAUACGCACAGUGGCCAUACAGACUACAUCCAUGGUGUGUCCCUCUUCAAUCAAUCACAGCAGUUAACUUCAUCUUCAGAAGACGGCACAGUCAGAAUAUGGGACACAAGAACAUCAGGGGAGGCAGUUAGCAUCAUUGAACCUCACAAACAUGAGGAAUGUGCCAGACCUAGUCAUGGUAAAUGGGUCGGCUGUGUAGCUGUGGAUGCUGGAGAUGACUGGCUGGUUUGCGGUGGAGGCCCAUCCUUAUCGCUCUGGCAUCUGAGGUCAUUGACCCCUACUGUGACCUUUAACUCCCCAGGCUGCUGCCCUCAAGUGGUGACCUUUCAUGAGGAUUCGAUUAUUUCUGGAGGCAGCACACCGUUCGUUUAUCACUGGAACAUCAACGGUGAACCUAAGAUCAAGGUGCCGUGCACAGCGAAUAGUGUGUUCAGCCUCGCUGUUAAUACAGAGAGUGAAAGCAACAAGGUACUUUGUGUUUCUGGCAACAGCUCUCUCAUCGAUAUAUACACCAACUUUGGCUACAAGACGUUUUCUCUUAAUUUCUGCUGAUCUGAGAUGACUUAAACAGCAAAUCACAGUGACCGGCCAGGAUUCGAACCCACAGUUUGCCUACUCCUCUACCUAUGCUCCAAACUGAGGCCUGUUUUAUAACACCUUAGUCCUCAUUGGACCCAGUGAGAGAAAGUUGUCAUGAACACAACUAGUUUUGCUUAGCACAAAACCGGUUACCAGCAAAUACUUUUUAAUGAUGUUUUCUGUGGCUGGUUCCCCUCUGUAGUUGUUGCCUAGCUCAAAUGAAAACUGGUUUAUAGCAGAGUUACCCACGUGACAACUUGAUGGCAUAAGACGCAUACAGCACUUGUUAGCUGUCGUCAAGGAUCUAUUCUCAUGUAACUAAAUACCACACUUCGGGUUGGAGUUUUAGCAAAAAAUCCACAAGACUGGAUGGCUUGUACAUAGCUCAAUAUUUUGACUAGUCCAGAAAUGCCCCCUACUACACUUUUACAAGACCAGACUCAAAAUGAAAGAAAAAUGACCGAGUCCUGACAACAUGCAUUUAAGACAUCUGUGAAGAAGUUUUAUCUCAUCUGUCGUGUGAGGUAUUUAGCAUUACCGGUACUCAAUACAAUUCAGUAGAAGGUAUUUUUAAGACUCAAGGUCAACAAGGACUUGUCUAACACUGAAACCACUGGCCUGCGAUCCAGUGUGAAGUUGGAGCCCUGAUACUGCAUCUUACAUGUGCAAUUCUUUGCGGAUCGAGGGGUGCGGAAUGGACCUGAGCAAUACCCCCAACCCCAUGGCAAAAUUAAUCCAACACCAGUUUUAUGAUACACUGGAUGAGAGGUCAAAGGGUCAAAGGGUUGCAAAUGACUCUGUGGAUCCGCCCCUCUGGGCCUGCAAUCAGCAGCUGAAUGGGCAACGUUGCCUUAGAUCGGGCGAGUGGGUCUUUGUAAAGCGCUUGAAUCCUUGGCAUAUUUGUGUGGAUCAUUGUAUUCUACUUUUAAAACAUCUUCCUAUGAUAUGCAUUUUAUAACAAACGGUUCAAACGCUUUUCAAAGACCAACUCGCCCGAUCCAAGGCAAUGUGUCCCUUUAAGCACAAAAACUAUCUCAUUACAAAAAUUGCCGACCAGAAUACUUUUUUUUCUGAAAGGAUUUAAACUGGUCUCAUAACGACCAGUCAGCCCGUAAAGAGUUAAUUGAUAUAAUGGUUGCAAGGAUAAAGAGUUGAUGUUUGUAUGUUUUUUUUUACAUGUUGAUAAAUAAAUGGCAUUCCAUAAUAUUUAUAUCUUUUGCUUUAGUUAUUAUUUUGCUCUGAUCAAUGGUUUUGUACCAAUAAAGUACUUAAAUUUGGUUCCUCUGAAAUGUUUUUGAAGUUAGAAGUGAAGACCUGGAGUAAA